GGGGAAAUCAGAGUCAACAAAAGCACAAUACCCAACCAACUCCCCAACCAACCGUGCUCAUCAAUAAUUAUCCCCUUUCCCCCCUUCUGCUCUUCUCUCCUCUCUCUUAAUCAAAACUAUUUCGCUCUCCGCCGAGAUCUCUUCUAUGGCGGAGAAGAUGUCGAUGAAGGAGCAGGCGAAGCCGCUCGCCCUCCCCUCCCCCGCCAUCCACCCCACCGCCGUCGACGAAGAGGAGGCGGUGGGUGGCGGCGCGUCGCGGUUCCGCUCACUCGGGAAGCGCCGCCGCGCAGUAUGCUGCUGCUGCAGCUGCUGCGGCGCCACCACGGUGGUCUUGGGCGUCGUCCUCCUCGUCCUCUUCCUAACGGUGUUCAAGGUGAAGGACCCCACGCUCACCAUGAACUCCCUGACCAUCGACAGCUUCAACCUCGACCUCAGCAGCCCCCCGCACAACCCCGUGUCGGCGAACGUGACGCUCACGGCCGACAUCUCCAUCAAGAACCCGAACGCGGCGUCGUUCCGGUUCGGCAGCAGCGCGACGGAGUUCUACUACGAGGGGGCGACGGUCGGGGUGGCGUACGCGCCCGCGGGCCGGGUCGGCGCCGACCGCACCGUGCGCAUGAACGUGACGGUGGACGUGCUCGCCGACCAGCUCGCCUCGCGCCCCGACGCCGGCAGCACCAUCCUCUCCGGCGGCGACCUCAACCUCACCACCCACACCGACAUCGCGGGCAGGGUCAGCGUUCUAGGCAUCUACAAGCGCCACAUCAAGAUCGCCAUGAACUGCUCCGUCGUCCUCCAGGUCUCGCUCACUUCCGCCAACACGACGAGCACCACCUGCGACGGAAACGUCCACUAAAAUUAAAGAUUUAUAUUAUUAUUAUUACUAGCAGGUCGGGCCCGAAAUGAUCGAGAGGUUGUUGUUAAUUACUUGGUCAUAUUUGUUGGAGUUUUGGUUCCGUAGUUAUAUAUACGUAUUGUUCUUAUUAUGUAAAUAAAUUAGAGUUUUUAUCUUGUGAUAAAUAUUUGAUUUAAUUAUUGUUCAGUUUGAGAAAUAUUUGGUUUGAUUA